GCCGACGACGACAGGCUCCGCGAGCCCCGGAACGGUGGUGCUGUGGCUCCGUCGCGGGAAGGUCUUGCCAGCUCCAAGCCGGACUUCGACAACUUUUCAGGAGGAGGACCGCGGUGCCCGUUUGAGCGUGCAGAGCUUCGAGGGAUCCCUGAGCCGACCCAGGCAUCCCCGAGGCGAAGAACAGCGACAGAGUGCGCGAGUCUUGCUGUGGCAGUUGCUGUCGGAGCCCAAAAGUCUCUUCG